CCGUAUCCUAUACCUAGAUACCUUUUUCAUUUUCCUCAUCCUUUCUAUCAGGCGGCUGUAGUGCACAAAUGGUGGGAGUAUACAGGUCGACCUGACCCAGGGGAGGAGGAGGUUGUUAACAGCCUCAAGAGAUUAGUCACUUCAGUUUUGACCCAUCCGAUGACCAUUGGUAAAGCUGUUGCAAACUAUACACCUAAAAGAAAGAAGGAUUCCCCUAAGUCUGUUCAUCUGGUUGGAACAGAUACUCCAGAGGCAACAAUGGUGUAUGCUGGUUUCUAUGUUGAGAUCUUGAACUGUAACCCCUUGAACCCGAUCAAGUUGACGAUGGUGUCCCCUAGCGCCGGGAACAGGCAGCUGGCCAAGGACUGUUCUCCCUCCAGUCCUAUGCUUAUACAUGACAGAUGUAAGUUGACUGCAUGGGACGGUCUGUACCAUGAUUUCUGGGAAAGAUAUGUCCAGACUAGGAAGAUGGAACGCCCUGAGAUUGUUAUGGCAAUUCAUCCCAGGUAACUACAAUGAGACCCAUA